CUCUCUGUAUUUGUAAUGUCAAAAUCUUCCCUCUUUCUCAACCUUCAUUUCCUCAUCUUUCUUUCUGGGUUUUGAUUCAAUCGUUCUACUUAGUAGUUUCCAUAGAGCAACAAAAAGCACAAGGAUGUCUGGUGUAUCACUUGCAGUGGCUCCUAGAAGUGUGCCAGACCACACCGUAGCACCCGGCGGAAAACCUGAACACCAACAUAUUCGCUACCAGGAGCAACAACCAGUGGUGGGCGGUGUAAUGGGAUCAUUGCGUCUCAUCGAACUCCAACUAGUAGCUUUCAUUAUGGUUUUCUCUAUCAGUGGUCUAGUGCCACUUCUGGAUUUAGUCUUCCCGGCUUUCACCUCCGCUUACCUCAUCGCCCUUUCACGCAUCGCCUUCCCGUCCCGCGGCAACCGAGUAUCCUCCGGUGGAACGGAAGAGAUUUUCCGAGGCAGCAGACUGUUUAAGCUGUAUGUGAUUCUGGGAACCACAAUAGGUCUUCUAUUGCCACUAGCGUAUGUGUUGGGUGGAUUUGCAAGGGCGGACGACCAGGCCGUUCGGUCAGCAACACCUCACUUGUUCUUGCUUUCGUUUCAGAUACUAACGGAGAAUGUAAUAAGUGGGCUGUCGUUGUUUUCGCCGCCGGUGAGAGCAUUGGUGCCAUUGCUAUAUACGGUUAGGAGGGUGUUCGUUAUACUUGAUUGGGUGCAUGAUACUUGGGUGAACAAAACUCUGCCCUAUAAUGCACCAUCGAAGGACAUAGCAUGGGAUUGGUUCGGGAAGGGGCUGUCAGCUGCAAAUCUAAUGUAUUUCGCAAUCAACCUGUUAUGCUUUUUGAUCCCACGGUUCCUCCCUCGAGCAUUUGAGAGGUAUUUUAGGGAAACUGAGGAGUUUCAUCAAAAGAUGUCGGAGGAUAAGCGUGGUAAAUCUAAUACACCACCAAAUAAGUCUCGACCCACAGAUAGGAAAAUGGAUUGAAUUGAACUCUCUUCACCCUCUCCUGUGUUGAGUGGUUCCUAUGUAUCAUUAAACAGUACAGUUCAGUUGGUAAUGAAAACAAAUAAUACUUCCAUUCCUGCAACACUAGUCUGUUCUCUUUUUUUAGCUUGUUGACAAUGGAUAUGGAACUUACCUGUUGAGCUUAGAAA